GCACGCACGCACACACAGAACAAAACCCACAGCGCAAAAGUCCAUUCUUCUUAUCCAAUCCAAAAACUAUUUCACUUUCCCAAAACCCUUUUCAAACCACUGCAACUCUUUCUCCAACCAUGUCCUCUUUCAGGUUCCAUUUUCUCUCUUCACUUUUUUCAUCACCGCCACAGUUUUUUCCCCUUUACUGAACACUUUUGUUUUCGGUGACAGAUCUCAGUUCUGAAUCUCUUAAAUGCAUAUGUGUAGAUAUGUUCCACCUUGGCUCUGUCAGAUUCUCGCUUGCAUGGGAGGUUGUCUUGGUUGUUUCUCAAAGCCUCUUGAAAUUAUCUUGAUGGGCGAGGCCGAUGCAUCUAAGGGACUAAAAACUCAAGCCCAAACAAUGAACAAAGACAAUAGAUCAGAAGAUUUUUGGAGCAGCAGUGCUAUUGAAUUGGAUCACAGUGCAACUCAAUCCCAGAGAAGCAUCUCGUCAAUUGUCGUGUCAAGCCAUCCUUCUGAUCCUCAAAGUAGUGAUGGCAUUCAGACCGAUCCUCCAGAGUUUGUUAAUCAUGGUCUUCUUCUGUGGAACCAAGGAAGACAACAGUGGAUUGGAAAUAGAAAACCUGAACGAAAGACACAAGUUGGAGAACCCAAAAUAAGUUGGAAUGCCUCGUACGAGGGUUUUCUUGGGACUAGCAAGCCAUUUCCACAGCGUAUUCCUCUUGGAGAAAUGGUUGACUUUCUUGUUGAUAUAUGGGAACUAGAGGGCAUGUAUGAUUAAACAAACAAAACAGGUUUUUAUUACUCUAGAUUUUGGAGAAGAGGGAAGGUGUGGUAUUCAUCCUCUUAAUGUUAUAAUGGAAAGUUGUAAAUGGGGUUAGUUUUUUUCUUUUUCUUUUUUGGGGCUAAGAUUACAUUAGUUGUGUGAUGUUUUCUGAUUUUCUAUUAACUUGGUUUAUAGACAAAUCAUCUACACCAAAGGAGAUACUAAGUUAAUUUCAUGUUUCAGCUUAUGCUAA